AUGGAGCAGAGGAUCGACAAAAGAUCACCCAGGCUGAAUAUAACGUCGGUCCAAAUCCGUGUAAGUGCGAUGAACGUUGAAUUUGGUGAGGAUAACAGUCGCACUGUUUGGAAACAUCCCAAGAGCGAUAUUAGCGACAUAAUUGCUCUCGAGGUGGCGACCAGCGGUCCCUUGCUUUCUUUUCGCGGCCUCUAA